UUUUUUAACUUUGCUACUCACGUGGUCAUGCUCUAUAUAUAAUGGAAACACGGCUUUGUUUUUCGUUGACUUGUUGCUGAGUUUUUGUUGACAUGAUUUCUGUUUUCCUGGUAGCUAUGCCCAAGCACAGUUGUUUUAAUUUAGUUACCACUCUCAAUUUCUCGCUGUUAGUAUUUUUAUUUGCACCAAGGCAUUGUUAAUUGUCAUGUACUCCCUCCGUUCCGAAAUAUUUGUCUUUCUAGGCAUUUCAAAUGGACACAACAUACGGAUGUAUGUAGACUUAUUUUAGAGUGUAGAUUCACUCAUUUUGUCCCGUAUGUAGUCACUUGUUGAAAUCUCUAGAAAGACAAAUAUUUAGGAACGGAGGGAGUAUUAUUCUGUCUUUCAUCAAUGAUGUGCCAUGAGUUUGCUUCAAUGCUAUUUACUCCCUCCGUUCCUAAAUAUAAGUCUUUUUGGACAUUCCACUGUAGAGACUACAUUCGGAUGUAUAUAGACGCCUUUUAGAGUAUAGGUUCACUCAUUUUGCUCCGUAUGUAGUUUAUAGUGGAAUCUCUUAAAAGACUUAUAUUUAGGAACGGAGGGAGUAUUACGCUGAAUGCUUUCUUAAACCAGGAGUACAUUCUGUAGGUCAGUGAGACUAUAUUGCAAUAUGCUCAGAGUCUAAAAGAUGAAUAGUGAUAUACUCCCUCCGUCCUCGUGGUUUUAGUACAAAUUUGAACUAAAACCACGUCACUUAUUUUGGGACCGAGGGAGUAAGUAGUGAAAUAUUAGCUGAGUUUAGAAGAUGAAUUGAUUGUUUUCUUAUUGCAGAGAAGCAAACAAAAAUAUUUGGUGGGUGGGUGGGGUUGGGUGGUGGGGGGCUUGUUUUCUUCUUGCAGAGAGACCUUGUUUGGAUCGACACCUCCUUUCUUCAGGAAUAUUUGCUUUUCCAUAUGUUCUUCAAUUUUUAGGUAAAUCUGUGUCAUUUUGCUAUGCCAAUACAUGGUUUUCCCAUAGAUAUGUGCAUAUUAAAAAAAACUAAGUUUUAAUUGUGCGCUUUUGCCACUGCCUACCGCCUGUCUCUCCUAGCAUGAUUAAGCAGUAGUGUUCUGUUGUCGCCUAGCGCCUAGGCACACCUUUUUCUCCACUGAUGUUCAUAGUGUAUUCCAACAUGUACACAUGAAUUUUCUUUAUAAAACAUGUAAAAUAGCUUGACCAGGGUUAGUGUAACUCCAUUUGCACUCAGUGACAUUAACUCAUCUUAUAAGCUGUAAAAUUCUUGAUUGAAAUAAAUCUUCAUCGUAAAGUUUCAUCCAGUGAAACUACAUACUAGCUGCUAAUGACUUAUGUUUAAUGUGUUGCAUGAACAGUUGUUCUUUGUUCUGUGAAGCAAUUAUUGCCUCUUCCCAUGAUGCAUGUUCUUCUGGUAGGCUGGUAGCUAUGCCCAAGUAGUUGUUUUAUUUAGCUACAACCCCCAAUUUCCCGCUGUUAGUAUUUUUAUUUGCACCAUGGCAAUCUUCAUGUAUUAUUCUGUCUUUCAUCAAUGAUAUGCCAUGAGUUUGCUGCAAUGCUAUUUAUUAAGGCCCCGUUCGGGAGCUCUCCACGGCCAGCUUCCUUAAAAUAGCGGAGUGAAGCCAACCGAACGUUUCAGCUCCGAGAAGCCAGCUCCGGGAGAACAAGAGCACUGCAGUGUACACAAAUUAUCUUGAUAUUGCAUUGGAUAAGUGGCUGGAUCCCAUCACAUAUGCGAAGAAUUUUCCACUUCUGCAUGAAGUAAAGGCAGAAAAGUUGAUUAGAGAAGAAGAUUUGAAUGCUGCAACCACUUCAAGGUACGAGUUAACAGAAGAGGGAGACAGUACCAUUGACUCAAUUCUGUCAUUAAUUGCUGUGAACCUUAUGAGGGGGCGGAAUGUUACCAAGUUGAUUAAUGUGUACAACCUGGCAAUAUCAACUAGUCGUGCUGGGUUCGCAUUCAGGACAACGGCAAUGGAAGAUGAGCUGACAGGAUUUGAUAAUCAUCAUUUGGCUUACAAGGCAGCGUUAGGUUUGAUACGGCAAAUGCUGGAGGCAUCUGUUGGUGGUGCAGUUCUGGACGAGGAGCUUCCUGGAGGCCUUCUGAAUCUUCUUGACAAACUUAGUGAUGCUAUACUCGUAGACAAGCGAUUGCUCACUUGUCAUGCCAGUAUCCUUAAACCUCCGGCGUUGCAACAGCUGCUGCAAAGGAUUGACCUUACCCUUGGUGAUGAAUGUAGUGAAUUUGGUACACAAGAUGACUUCCACCGCAGGGAUUGUUUGCUUGCGGCAUUGCCAUACUUGGAUGCUGAUAAUUCAUACUGCCUGCAUAACCACCAUCCAUGUUUUUCACAGUGGCUUGACUUCCGCUUUAAACAGAAAAAAAAGAGGUGUAAUGACCCAGCAAAGAUUGGGCCUCCAUGGCCGUUAUUUAUUGCUGGACGGUCAUUGGUGAGGUUACACAGGUAUGGCUUGUCUCACCCGUAUGGUGUUGCUCAGAUUGCACCAGAGACACCUUAUGAUACCUCUGAUGUUCUGAAGCUGUUUAAGUUCCGUUUCUCGAAGUACCCUGCAGAAGCUCAAGAUGGAUUCUCAAAAGCCGGGUGGGUUGAGAAAUUGGAUAUGCCAGGUUUGUGCCCAGAAAAGGAAGAGUUUGCUGGGUGGACAGAUGUCAAGAUGGACGAAGAUGGCAAAACAAUCCUACUAAUGUAGUUUAGUUCAUUGUGUUUCUCUUAAUGUAGUCCCCCCCCCCCCCCCCCCCCCCCCCUCACUGCCAUGGAUAGAGUUUGCUGGUUGGGCAAAUGUCAAGAUGGCGAAACCGUUUAUUCCCUCCAUCCCAUAAUAUAAGAGCAUUUUUGACACUAGUGUAGUGUCAAAAACGCUCUUAUAUUAUGGGAAGGAGGGAGUAGUUCAUCGGGAUGUAACAGCCUUCCUCUUAGUGUAGUCACUUCUCUUUGCAGUCGAUAUGCUAGGUUUGUGAGAAUUUGCUAGUUGGGCAGAUGUUAAGAUUGAUGAAGAUGGCAAAACCAUGAUACUAAUCUAAUUUACUCGUUGUUUAUGGGAUGUAACAGCCUUUCUCUUAA